AUGAGGUCUAUACGACUAUUCCAUACUUCAUCCACAUGGUUGAGUAAGUUUAAACUUGACCCCAACUACAAGUUCAAAUGUGGGAUCGAAAUACAUACACAGUUGAAGACCAAGUACAAACUCUUUUCUUUGUCUCCUACCAGUUUCUACUCUACACCCAAUUCUAAGGUCAGUUACUUUGACUGCGGGUUGCCUGGAACGCAGCCAAAGUUGAAUCCAGAAGCAUUGUAUUUGGCUUUGAAGCUUGCAGUUGCAUUGGAUUGCGAAAUUCAGCAGAACUCAUCCUUUGAUCGUAAGCAUUAUUUCUAUCCAGAUCAGCCCUUAGGUUACCAGAUCACCCAGCACUAUCAUCCGAUAGCCAAAAACGGGUUCCUAGAAUUGAAUUCCAAGUUUGACGAGAUAAAGAAUUCUUCAAAAAAAAUCAAUAUAGAGCAGAUUCAAAUAGAACAAGAUACGGGCAAAACGACAUACGACAAGUUUGAUAAGUCGGUGAAAGUAGACUACAACAGAAGCAAUAUGCCAUUAAUUGAGUUGGUCACCAAACCAGAUUUCGAAGAUUUACAACAGGUAAGAGCAUUUGUAAAGAAAUACCAGACUAUGGUAAGACACCUUGACAUUUGCACGGGGGAUUUAGAGACUGGUGCCAUUAGAAUCGACGUCAAUGUCAGCGUCAAUGGAAAUCCUAGAGUGGAGAUCAAGAAUUUGGGUAGCAAUAGUGACAUUCAAGAUGCAUUGAAAUACGAAUAUACCAGACAAGUUGACUCAAUCAAGAAUAACGAAAAAAUUAUUCAGGAGACAAGAGGCUGGACUGGAACUAAAACUGUGAGUUUGAGAUUAAAAGAAGAUGCUGUAGAUUAUAGGUACGUUCCAGACUCCGAAUUACCCUUUAUCAACCUUAGUCCAACAAUUGCGUCUGAUAUCAAAGAAAGCUUGCCAGAAUUGCCCGAGCAGAUAUUGCAAAAGUUGACCUCGAAACCAUACGACUUGGAAUUAAAAUAUGCAAGAUUCCUUACCGAGAAUAGAGAUACUCUUAACUACUACUUCCAAUUGUUCAAAAGUGUUGCUGACAGACACCAUUCAGGAAAGCUAGCAAACAAUUGGUUCAUCCACGAGUUCUUGGGAGCCUUUACGAAGAUUAAUGUGAAAGUCGAUCUAGAUAUUCUUCCAGCCAACUUCCUUGCAGAUUUAGUUUUGCAAGUUGCAGAAAAAAACAUUUCUACAACAUCUGCAAGACUUUUGCUAUUGCAAAUUAUUCAAACUCCAGAAGAUAAAGGAAAACCAAUUCAGGACCUAAUUGUACAAUACGAUCUAGGGUCCCCAGUAGAUAUGUCAACCGAAGACUUGAAUGAUGCAGUUAGCGAUAUUUGCUCGGAAAUCAUUUCCAACAACGCUGACGUAGUUGAGAGAAUAAAGAAAGGACAGAAGAAUAGCAUCAAAUUCUUAAUUGGACUUGCAAUGAAAGAAACACAAGGGAAGGUCAAUGCCAAAACCUUCUCAGAAAAAUUUAACGAACUACUUGACUUGUAA